AUGCGGGUCCCGCAAGUCUUGCUGCUGCUCCUCCUCCCCUCGGUGCGAGCCACCGAGAGCCUGGAGGCGGCCCUGGCCGUGCCCAACGCCUCGCACUUCUUUUGGAACAACUACACCUUUUCCGACUGGCAGAACUUCGUGGGCAGGAGGCGCUACGGAGCCGAGUCCCAGAACCCCACCGUGAAAGCCCUGCUCAUCGUGGCUUACUCCUUCAUCAUCAUCUUCUCUCUCUUCGGCAACGUCCUGGUCUGUCAUGUCAUCUUCAAGAAUCAGCGCAUGCACUCGGCCACCAGCCUCUUCAUCGUCAACCUGGCUGUGGCGGAUAUCAUGAUCACACUGCUCAAUACCCCCUUCACGCUGGUCCGCUUUGUGAACAGCACAUGGGUGUUCGGGAAGGGCAUGUGCCACGUCAGUCGCUUUGCCCAGUACUGUUCCUUACAUGUCUCAGCAUUGACGCUGACAGCCAUCGCUGUGGACCGCCACCAGGUCAUCAUGCAUCCCUUGAAGCCCAGGAUCUCCAUCACAAAGGGUGUGGUCUACAUUGCUGUGAUCUGGGUCAUGGCCACCUUCUUUUCACUGCCACAUGCCAUCUGCCAGAAACUGUUCACCUUCAAGUACAGCGAGGAUGUCGUGCGCUCGCUCUGCCUGCCAGACUUCCCUGAGCCAGCUGAUCUCUUCUGGAAGUACCUGGACCUGGCCACCUUCAUCCUGCUCUACCUCCUCCCCCUCUUCAUCAUCUCCGUGGCCUACGCCCGUGUGGCCAAGAAGCUAUGGCUGUGCAACACGAUUGGUGAUGUGACCACAGAACAGUACCUCGCCCUGCGCCGCAAGAAGAAGACCACCAUCAAGAUGCUGGUGCUGGUGGUCGUCCUGUUUGCACUCUGCUGGUUCCCCCUCAACUGCUAUGUCCUCCUCCUGUCCAGCAAGGUCAUCCAUACCAACAAUGCCCUCUACUUCGCCUUCCACUGGUUUGCCAUGAGCAGCACGUGCUACAACCCUUUCAUCUACUGCUGGCUGAACGAGAGCUUCAGGGUUGAGCUGAAGGCGUUGCUGAGCAUGUGCCAGAGGCCACCCAAGCCUCAGGAAGACAGGCUUCCCUCCCCGGUCCCUUCCUUCAAAGUGGCCUGGACAGAGAAGAGCCAUGGUCGGAGGGCUCCUCUAGCCAGUCACCUCCUGCCUUCCUCACAGCUCCAUUCUGGAAAGACAGACAUGACAUCCAUGGAACCCAUUGUGGUGAUGAGUUAGGGGAGCAUAGAAAGAGCUCGGUCCUCUAACACUUGAUCUGAUGUCUGCAGUGCUGGUAAGUUCGUAGAGUGAUAGAAUGUUUGAGGUCCUAGGAACCUGCCCAGCCUUCUCCGCGAUUUGCUGUGCAAACCAGAGGCAAUUGGCCAUCCAGGAGAUGCUGUGAGGUGUAACACCCCUAAUCCCAGAACAAAAGCCUUGAAAGCCACCUCAGCUCCAACAAGGACCUGAUCAGUCCACCACCUCCGAAUGUCCUGCAGUCCCUGCCCGCCCUUGGCCCUGCUGAUCAUGGAGGAACCUGCGAGCUGCUGGGGGUGCGGACUGGCCCAGACGCUGGAAACGACUUCACAGGAGAUAACAGUAAACCAAUGCAGGCCUGGAGAUUUUCCUGCCUCACCUUUUGAAGUCAUUGGACUAAUCAAAAUAAGUCUUCAAUGGCCUGGUCCUGUCCAUGACAGGCAGGGCCCAUUUAGGCUCCUUAAACAGAGAUUAGUGUCAUCACUUUUGAAAAGUCAGAAAAGCACAAAGCAAACAAUCAAAUCCAUUCCUUAUCCUAUCAGUUUGUGAAAACUUAUGUUAAUGUCUUAUGAAUUUUAUCUGCCACUUUCUCUCUCUCUCUGUGUGUGUGUGUGCAUGUGUGCAUGUGUUUGUACUUAUAAAAUUCUGAAUAGCACAGUUCUAUAUAGAUUAUAAUAAUUGUCAAGAAACAGAGGUUCAUCCAAGUAUUUCUGAGCUUCUCCCUAAGAAACGAUGUCCGAACUGGCUACAUCUCCUCAGAUAGUGGGCGGCGUGAGGAGCCUGGAGACUAGCACGCUGGGGUGCAGGUCCCAAUCCUUCUUCCUGAUACUCAUGAAACAAGAGGCUGCGGCAUUGUUCUGCUUUCGCAGGAGAUGAGAGAACUCACUUUCCAAUAUGCUGAAAAUAAUGUGCUUAGACACUUUAUCCACGCCAGCUGUCUAGACAGGCCAUGUCUCUGCGUUCUCUGAAUAAUGAAAUAUGUUUCAUGCCAUUUCUGAAAGAAGAUUCACUGUCCACACCUUAGUAAUUCACAUGUCACUUCCAAAACCCUAUGAGAUCCUUAAAGGAAUCUUAUUCCUUGAAGGUUCAUCUGUCAGAGAAAUCUCACUGUAGACAUUAAAUAUUUUCAUCACCUUUUACCUGGACUCAUGGUGUCACCCGGAGGAAGCAGUGUUAGGUGAGGCUGAGCUAAGUUCUUCCUAGGCUCUAAACAGUUGUGCUGUGCUGCUUGGUUAAGAUUACCAUCAAGCCUCAGACAGAUCCUAAAAGCAAAGUGUUUAUGUAGAGCUGAGUGGGGAACAAGGUUGGAGAACAGGUUUGUGUAAGAUUCAGUUGGAUCUCUUGAUUGCUAAAUGGAAACACAGCUUGAUUACAACACCUGAAUCAUGGGAAUUCCUUAGAUUAGUCUAUGUUAGAAAAUUUUCAAGAUAGAAAAAAAUUUUAAUCAAUCCACUGAACUGCAGAUUUUUUUUUUUUUUUUUUUUAAAGCUUGCAUGGGGCUUCUAAAUGCACUGGGAUUCUCAAGUGACUUUCAGGCCAAUGCUUCUGUGUGGACCUUACUGUCUUUGUUAUGUCAACAAGUGAAGCUCAUCUUAAUGGUGCCCUGGAAAGCAUGUGCACAGUGAGGACAGGCGUAGGAUAUACAGCAUGGCCAGCCAAGCUUCAGUUACAUCUCUCUGAGAGCAUCGAGAGAUCCUGCCGUGUCACACAGCUCACCCUCAGGCUGGGGUCUCCUGUUAGUACUUGUCUGCACCUGUCUUCUCUUCCCUGUGUGCCUCUGAGCACAAAGUGACUUGUAAUUGUGGAUGUGAAAUUUGUAAAACUUGAGUAUUUAUUUCUAGUGUGCUGAAGAGCACUUUAUUGUAA